UAGCAUGCAAGCAGCAGGCAGUAGCUCAGCAUCCCCAGCACCAGGACGAGCACCAUUCCAGCGCAGCAGCGCCUACGACGAGGAGGCGCUGCCAGGACCAAGCGAACAGCGCUUGAGUGAUUAUGGCGCCAUCGCAGCGUCGGGCAGCGGACUGCUCGAUACACGGUCGCGCAGUCCCAGCAUCUUUCUGGAGCCACCCACGCCGGAUCCAACGCAUGCACACUUCGGACCCGGCUGGGGUCGACCCAUGUCGCCCAUGGAUCUGCCGCCCGAGCGUCCGAGCAGCAGCAGCGCAGGGCAAAAGUCACCGACCAGCAGCAAGUCGCGUUUGCGUCCCAAGCUGCACAUACCGUUGGGCCGAUUGGGACGUUCCACGUCGUCGGAUACGCGGGAGCGUGAGAGCAACCGACUGCGCGAGGAUGUGCAUGUGCAUGUGGAGAAUCCGGUGUUCAGCAGCGAGAAUCUGCGUCAGAACAACUUCGAUGCGUUCUUCGAGGCCCGCGAGCCGGUUAUCAAGGUGCAGCCACGUACGCCAAAUACAGCGCCAGCCGAUGGACGCGGCUAUUCUCCGCCACUGGAGAACUAUGCCGGCGUCUAUGAUUCGCCUCGCACACGAAGUCCAGCUGGCGGGCGUUCGGGUGGUGCAAGUUUAUUUGCACGCUCGCCGCAGGAGGAACGCGAGCGUGCGCUCAAUGCGCGUUCCCGCAGUGCCGACCAUUGGGAUGAGCGGGCGGGUGCGAGUGGUGCGGGGGGUGGCAAGAGCAGUGGUGCCGCGGGGGCUUCGGCACCCGCUGGGUCUGGGUCUGGUGGCGGCGCGCACUCCAAAGGUGACAGAUUCUUCGGCAAAAUCUUCAAGUGGUCCAAAAAAUCGUAGUUUCUUCGGGUGGAGGGGGCCACGGCGUGGUUCCCUUAGCCCACAGGGCAGCAUGGCGUCCUAUAAUGGUGUACUCAAGGAUUACAGUCACAGCAGUUUGAACGAGGCUUUCAAAUCCCAGAACAAUGUCAACUUUAAGUUAAUUAAAACAGUAUCCGAUUUCAACGAAACACUUGCCCAAUUGUAUGAGGAACAUGCAACUGCCCUUCAAACUUUAGUGUCCAAUUAUCGCAAAAAGAAUGCCGAGCUGCGCAAGGAAAGACCCGCCUGUCAUCUGGCCAUCUUUCAGGCAUGGGAAACAUUCCUGCAGGAAGCGGAAACCGACUCACAGGCCUGCAACGAUGUGGCCAGUGUGCUCUCACGUCAGGUGUCACGGCCAAUGCUGGAUAAAUCCUUUCAUCGCAAAGUUCAAAGUCGCAAAAUAUUUACACACAGGGAGUCUUUUGAGACUAUUAUCGCAAAGACUGAAGAGAAGCUGUCAAAGUGUCGCCUGGACUACAAGCAAUGCCACAUGGCACACCGCCAGAAUCCCAGCCAACACUCGCUAACCGAAUACAUUGAUGCGCACAAUGCGUACGUACAGCAGUUGCAUGCAACGAACGGCAUGCUCGAGGCCUACCACUGCGACACGUUGCCACAAUUGAUGCAGGAACUGGAGGAGAUACACAACGACCUAUGCAACAUUGUGUCCGAUUCAUUGCAACAGGGCGCCGAUGUCAUUGCCGCCAAGGCCACAGAGCAGGCAAAGCGCUAUGCGAGUCUGGGCAACCAAUGCAGCACCGUGUCACCGCAGCAGGAUCUGGCCAACUUUGUGCGGUUGCUGGCGCAGCCAUCGCAGGCACAGAAAGUGCCCAGGCGGCUCUUUGCACCGCCUCAGGCACAGCAGCCCGGCGAGGCAGCCGAGGAGACUGGCGACUAUAACGAGAUGACGCCCGUUUUGCGCAACGAGCUCGUCUUUGACCGCCACUCGACGUUGUCGCAACGGUCAGCGUUGGAGUCACUAAAGCGUGAGGCCAUUGAAUUGGAAUUGCAAAUACGUCAACUGCAGGACUCCAUUGAUGCACUGAAUCGAACACAAACGCGCGGCAUUGAGGGUCAACUGUAUAACAAGGUUAACGAGCUCCAGGAGGAUUUGUCAAUGAAAAAGUUUGAUUUGCGCGCCAAGCAAAUACAUUUGGCUGCCAUACGAGCACAGAAGGAGUUAUUCGUUAGCAAAGUUGAGCCAACUUCGCCGCGAAACGAACGCAAAUUUUCCGCUGCCACAGCGCCAUCGAUGAAAACAAAGUGGCUGAAAGCAUUUAAGAGCCUAAAGCCGGCGGGUUCUGGUUCAGCACAACAAUCAGAUAGCCAACAACCCCGACAAAAUCAAAUGUACCACGCUGUAUCGACCGUGUUGACCUUGAGGCGUAAUGGUGCCUCGAAUGCCCCAUCGGAGUCGCUGCGUCCCAAUCUGGAUGGCAGCCAUCAUCUGCAGGAGUACACGUACAAGAAGAUAACGGCCUGUGAUGUCUGCUCGCAAAUUCUGAGAGGUCACACUCGUCAGGGGCUGCGGUGUCGCAUCUGCAAGCUGAAUGCCCAUGGCGAUUGUGCCCCAAAUUUGCCACGUUGCCAGCCCAAACAGAAGCUGUUGCGUCGCCAGAAGAGCACUUCGGAGCUGGAGAAUCGUGUUGAUAUCGAGGAAGAAACCGGCGACAAAUCCAUCCAGAUGCAGGGCAAAACAUUGGACAACGUUGGAGUCUCUGUCGUAGGAGGAGCUGGAGCUCCGUCGGCCAGCAGCAGCAUUGCGCUGCCGCUGCAGCCACUGAGCGGCAACGAGCGGCCACCAGCGCCGGAAAUUCCCAUUGUGAAUGUGCCGACACACGACACGACACAGCUGGAUCAACUGUCGCAUCCACAUCAGCAGCAGCAUCCACAGCAGCAGCAGCAGCAGCAGCGAAGUCUGGCAUCGGUGGCACAGGCGGCAGCGGUGCGAGCGGGCCGCGGGGUGCGUCCCCCGCCUGUGGCAAUGCCCAUACUGGGCGUGCAACUGCAACAACAGGAGCUGCAACAGCAACGUGGCGGUCUGCCGGUGCCCACACAAGAUAUCUCUAGUAGCUCAGCACCGCACUCACCGCGCCGUCAAAAGUUGAACUUACGCAUGAAAUCGUUGAGCUUGGACUCACCCGAAUCCUCGGAGCUUCACGGUCAGUUUAGGCGUCGCCAGCAUCUGCCGGCGAACGCCGCCUCGACAUCCAGCGGCUACUACCAUGGCGGCUCUGGAGGCCAUCUGGAGCACAGUACUCCGCCAUCGAACAACAGCCGGCUGCACUCGCCAUCGAGCCCCUCGCAUCCGGGACGCAAGCUCCUCUAUGCCACACGUGGCAUGCGGGGCGGCAGCGUCGAUUUGCCCGACGAAAUGGAGAAGUCACAGUCUUCGGCCAGCACAUCGCCUUGCCUAUCACCAAAAUCGCAUCGUCUGCUGCCCACCAAUCUGUAUGUCAUACUCUACAACUUCAAGGCUAGACACGCCGACGAGUUGGACCUCAAGGCUGGCUAUAAGGUGACAGUCAUCGAUACCUCGGAUCCGGAUUGGUGGAAGGGCAAAGUGCUGGGACGCGUUGGCUUCUUUCCAUCCAAGUACUGUGUGCGUCUCAAUGCCAACGAGAAGCCGCUGCAGGUGACACACAAUCUGCAGGUGUCCGAUGGCGAACGUGGCGAGAACAUGACACUGCUGCGAGAUCAGAUUGUCAUUCAGACUGGCGAUGAGGUGAACGGCAUGGUGAUGGUGCGCUCGGCGGACAACCGGCAAGGCUACUGUCCCAUCAAGUAUCUGCAGGAGGUGUGACAGCCAGAAGAGGAAGAGCCGCCUGCUAAGUC